AUGUAAAGAAUACACCCUGAUUAGGAGAAUAAAGGUUUAAAGGUAGUGAAAUCAGCCACAACCAAUGUCUCAUCGAGGACCUUUUAGAAUAGAAAGGUUGUUGACUUAGUUUUUGAAGACAUCCAUUACUCAGUUCAGACUGGAAAAACUGAGAGAGUUAUUUUGGAUCAUGUAUCUGGGAUUUGUCCAGGAGGAUAAACUACUGCCAUUUUAGGGAGUUCAGGAGCUGGUAAAACAUCUCUCUUGAAUGUUUUGGCCUGCAGGAUUACAAGCAAUAAGCAUUGUAAGCUAACUGGCGAAUUGUAUGCAAAUCAGGAUAAAUAUAAUUACGACAAAUUUAGUGAGUUUGCUUCUUAUGUAAUGCAAAAUGAUGUUCUUUUGGAAACAAUGACUCCAAAGGAAGCCUUUACGUUUGUAUCUAGUUUGAAAUACAGCGAUGAGGAAACGAAAAAGUUGAGAGUAGAGGAAACCAUUAAGAGCAUGAGAUUGGAGAAGUGUUAGAAUAGCAGAGUGGGAGGAGCAAUGGUAAAAGGAAUCAGUGGAGGAGAAAGAAAGAGAACAUCUAUUGGUUAUGAAUUAGUUUCGAAUCCAAGUGUUAUACUUCUUGAUGAACCCACUUCAGGCCUAGAUUCAUUUACUGCAUUUUAAAUUAUACAUCAAUUAAACUUACUUGCCAAAGAUUAGGACAAAACUAUUAUUUUUACUAUUCAUCAGCCAAGUUCAGAUAUCUUUUUAUUGUUUGAUAGAAUAAUGCUAUUGGUUUAAGGGAAACUAAUUUACUAAGGAGAUAGAUGUAAAAUUAUUAGUUAUUUCAAAUCUUUUGGAUUCGAGUGUCCAACACAUUCUAAUCCUAUGGAUUAUCUAAUAUCUAUUACUCAUAGUGAAGACCCAAAGAAUGUUGAGGCCUAUUCUCUUUAUUUUUAGAAUUACGAAUAACAAUUGGCUAAUGAGAUAAGAUAAGAAAUUAAUAAUCGGAAUCAAUCAAUCAUAACAUACAAGUCAGUAGAAACUACGAUAUCUUAUUAGAUAGGAUUGUUAACAAAAAGAUGCUUUGUAAAUUUCAGCAGAGAUGAUAUGUAAAUGAAUGCGAGAGUAGGAUCAGCUAUAUUCUAAGGCUUGUUGCAUGGAGGAGUGUUUUGGAAGGCUGCCAUGGAAUCGGAGACUAUCUCUGAUGUAAGAAACAUUGAGGGAUCAUUGUAUUUCCUAUGUGUCAAUUUUGCAGUAGGAUCUAUGAUGCAAGUAGUACUGGGUUUUGCUGUUGAGAGAGAAGUGUUUUUAAGAGAGGAGAAUUCAAAACUCUAUUCAGCCUUCUCAUACUUUAUAGGGAAGUAAUUUGUUGAAGUCCCCUUCUGUAUACUACAACCUCUGAUUCUACAGCUCAUAUCUUACUGGAUGAUAGGUUACAACGAUCAAGAUGCAUCAAUAGUCAUAAUCAACUUCUUUAUUUGUAUUUUACUUUGCAUUUGCUCAAACUCUUUGGGGUUGAUGGUUGGUUGUGCAUUCAGGGAUAUUAAAUUAGCAUUGACAGCAGUACCAAUUAUAAUGAUGCCAGUGAUUUUAUUGUCUGGUUACAUGGCCAAUUCCAAGAAUUUUCCAGUGUGGUUUGGAUGGUUACAGUAUCUGAGUCCAGUACGGUAUGCUUAUGAGGCAAUUUCAUUAAACGAAUUCACUAAUCGUAAUUUCUAAACUGACCCAAGAGAUCUGUAUGAUUUUCAUAUUGGGAUGUGGAAUUGUAUCUACAUCCUAAUUGGAUUUAUUGUUGGAUUUAGAAUAUUUGGAUAUUACUUUUUAAAAGGAUUAAGGGAAAGAUUAUAAUGA